GCUACCGCGGGCCGCGGCAUAAAUCACACCACCCCUUCCUUGCGCCCUGGCUCUGCGUCUCCAAGAGAGAGGCUGCCAUUGGAGCUGUGUAACACUCCUGCUUGCUCUGCCUUCUUCAGUGGAAGAUUCUCUCAGCUCAUCGCCGCCAUGUCUCUGCUCACUGAUCUUCUCAACCUCGACCUGUCGGACUGCACCGGCAAGAUCAUCGCCGAGUACAUAUGGGUCGGCGGCACUGGGAUGGAUAUGAGGAGCAAGGCCAGGACGUUACCGGGACCUGUUGAUGACCCGAGCAAGCUUCCCAAAUGGAAUUUUGACGGCUCUAGCACCGGCCAAGCAACGGGUGACGACAGCGAAGUCAUCCUCUGUCCUCAAGCCAUCUUCAGGGAUCCAUUCAGGAAGGGGAAGAACAUCCUGGUUAUGUGUGACUGCUAUGCACCUACCGGGGAGCCGAUUCCGAGCAACAAGCGGUCCAGCGCGGCAAACAUAUUCAGCCACCCUGACGUCAAGGCUGAAGAACCAUGGUACGGGAUCGAGCAAGAGUACACCCUUCUUCAGAAGGACAUCAAUUGGCCUCUUGGCUGGCCACUAGGCGGAUACCCAGGCGCUCAGGGGCCUUACUACUGCGCCACGGGAGCCGAAAAAUCUUACGGGCGCGACAUCGUCGACGCGCACUACAAGGCCUGCCUCUACGCCGGCGUCAACAUCGGCGGCAUCAAUGCAGAAGUCAUGCCGGGACAGUGGGAGUUCCAAGUCGGCCCUUCAGUGGGCAUCUCGGCAGGCGACGAGCUCUGGGUGGCUCGCUACAUUCUGGAGAGGAUCACUGAGAUUGCUGGUGUGGUCGUCUCCUUCGACCCGAAACCUGUCCCGGGAGAAUGGAACGGUGCUGGUGCUCACACCAACUACAGCACAAAGUCGAUGAGGAGCGAGGGCGGGUACGAGGUGAUCAAGAAGGCGAUCGAGAAGCUGGAGGCGCGGCACGGGGAGCACAUCGCCGCGUACGGGGAAGGCAACGAGCGCCGCCUCACCGGCCGCAACGAGACCGCCGACAUCAACACCUUCGUAUGGGGCGUGGCGAACCGCGGCGCGUCGGUGCGGGUCGGCCGCGACACCGAGAAGGAAGGCAAAGGUUACUUCGAGGACCGGCGGCCGGGGUCUAACAUGGAUCCGUACGUCGUCACCUCCAAGAUCGCGGAGACCACCAUCCUCUGGGAGCCGAACCUCUCCAAUGGCGAGUAGAAUGUUUUUGUUUGAACUACCAGAGAGAGCUGGCGCGUGUGUGAGCUAUCUGCACUGCUGCAUUGCAACGAGGAGACUGGCAGGGUCAGAGACUUCGAAUAACGAUUAUGUCAAUAAUUGAUGCAAAUGAGCUCAGCGUCGGAAGUGGUUGUAGCUUGUCUGUUCUAGAGUCUGGUUUGUAAACCUCUUGUUUUGAACGUGGGUUAUCUGUUCAUCACUUUGAGUUUGGGAUGGAAA